UUGGAUACCUCCAUUAUAUGUCUGUACCUAUUUUUCUCAUUCCCCAUUACAAUGAUAAAGAAAUCUCCCCCAACCCCCAGUGGAGAAAUCUGUAAUUCUUCUGUGUACUGAAAUACAGAACUUUUUCCACCCCUAGAAACACUCCUUUUACUUCCUCCUUUCCCAUAGCAUUAUUUAUCUGCAAGUAUUUGUAGUUUCUGCAAUUCCUUUCAAUUUUCAAUCCUCGAGGUGUCCUACAAGAAAAAGCCUAUUCCUCCCCUUCUCUUUUUAGAUAACCAUGCAAAUCAUAAGCUCAAAUCAGAUGAUCAAAAGAGCGGCUUCAACGAUGCCUGAUCUGUCAUUACAGAUCAGUCCACCCUGGAUGUCGAAUUCCCCGAGAUCUACGACUCGUUCUGCUAGCAGUGAAAGCGAUCCAAGCCAAGAAAAUGAGUUUUUUCACCCGGAAAGGAGUUCCAGAAAUCCAUAUGUUAAGCCCAAUUUGAGCCUAGGGUUUAGCCCUAUACCAAGACAGUUUCAACAUUACCAGCCGCAAAUAUAUGGGCGUGAUUUUAAGAAAAGUUGCAGAAUGAUGAAUGGGAUGAUAAAAAGAAGUGUUAGGGCUCCCAGAAUGAGAUGGACCUCGACCCUCCAUGCUCAUUUUGUUCACGCAGUUCAGCUCCUCGGUGGCCAUGAAAGAGCAACACCUAAGUCAGUUCAAGAGUUGAUGAAUGUCAAGGACUUAACCCUAGCUCAUGUGAAGAGUCACUUGCAGAUGUACAGAACAGUGAAGAGCACUGACAAAAGAGCAGGUGAAGGGCAAGCAGAAAUGGGACUGAAACACAAGGCAAGGAUUGAAAAUGAGGGAGGACUAAUUUUUGAUAAGGAUAUAACUAGCAGUUGUCACUCAAUAUUCCCAUUACAACCACCAACUUCAUCAUUACCUUCAACUACAUUACAAAAUGCACAGAGGACUAUCUACCGCAGCAAGGUUUCAUGGGCAUCCUCAUCGCCUGAAGAAUAUGCAUGGAGCCUCUCAAGUCAAGAAAAUGCCUCAACAUUUUUUCGUCACGUAUUAAAUGUUACCAAGGUGGAUGGACUUGAGGAAGCCCACGACAUGUCAAAAAAGGAUAAGCUAGACAGUUCAAGUAGCUCAUCAUCUUCUUCUGCUUGUUUCCUUAAUCUUGAGUUUACACUAUGAAGCCCAAGCUAGCAAUCUUGAGUUUACACUAUGAAGCCCAAGCUAGCAAAUGAACUACUCGAAAUCCUUCAUUCUCAAGUGCUAGAAUGCGUUGGAUUAAUGUUUGGGAGAUUCCCAUGAAAAUGUUUAGAAGAUUUCCCUUCACUAAAUAAAAUAUUCUUUUCAAGAGUUUUUUAA